UUCAUAGGAAGGAAGGAUUGUGGUUUUCUGCAGAUUGCCCUGCUUAUGCACAAGAGAACAUGUCAGGCUAACAUCCUGCAGCAACACACCCAGAAAGAACCCUAGUUGAACCUGCCUCACUCGAAAACCAAUACCCUAAAAUACAAAUAUUAUGGACUUAGAAAUAUAAUACUUUAAGGAAGUCUAUGAAUUGUCUAGGCUUAUAAACUCUAAAUCAUGGCAGGCAGCUGCAACAACAGCACUCAAACAACAGUUUUUGAUAUUUUCUGCGGGUCUUAUGAGCUGUGGAUCCUACUGGCAGUUGUCAGCACAAUGUUGGUAUUUUCAGUGUGCUGGAUUAUUCUUUGCUGUGUCGCAACACAUUGUACAGAUAAAGGGAAGAUAUUUCUACCCCGCUUCAGAAGGAGUCUAAGUCUGAGAGUGAGGGACAUGGAGGACAACCCUAUCUAUGGGAACAUCACCUACACCCAGACUAGAGUAGACCUCCCACUCAGUUCCUCAUCUCUCAGAGAUGGCCAGGUCAAAAGUGUCUCUCAGGCGCCCUCCAAAGGUCAGGACUGUUAUGCCAACCUGACUCUGAAGGCCCCCAAGCUGGUGUCUGGCCGCAGCUCCCCACAGCCCCAGAUUAAGUACUCUGACGUAGUGAAACUACAGGGGCCACAGGAAGCGGAGAAGAUGGCCAUGGCCAACAACAACGCUGACUCAGUCUCUGUGGUCUCUGACCUGUAUGUCUCUGACCUCUAUGCCUCAGUGCAAAUAGACCGUACCAAAACCCUGGACACAGUGGAUGGCAAUAACGGCUAUGCCAACCAUGUCUGAGAGACAAAAUGUUGGUGACAUGCUUUUCAAUCUGUUAUAGAUUUUUUUCUGUGUUUUUGGUUGGAAAGAUUUGGAGAUGAUGACGCUGGUUGUCUAGCUGUUUCACUUCACAACCACAGAGUGUCGCCAAUUGCCAGCUUUAGAAAAAUAUUUAUCCUUCCUAAUAUAAAAAUCUGCCGAGCAGUGUGUGUGUGUGACAACUGUGUGGUUUAACUUCAGUCCAUGCAAACUUUAUUACAACUUGUUGAGGCCCGUACUUACUUAUCUAAUUCCCUUAAACCUUAGUAUGAAUUUCAGACUCCAACAAGAAGCCAGUAGGAGGUAAGAGGCUACAUGCAAGCAGUGGUGUAAAGUACUUUGAAGUACUGCUUAAGUCUUUUUUUGGGGUAUCUGUACGUUACUUUACUAUUUAUAUUUUUGACAAGUUUUACUUUUACUUCACUACAUUCUUAUAGAAAAUAAUAUACUAUACUCCAUACAUUUUCCCUGACACCAAAAAGUACUCGUUACAUUUGACUGCUUAGCAGGACAUGAAAAUGGUCCAAUUCACACACUUAUCAAGAGUACAUCCCUACAGACUCUGAUCCGGUGGACUCACUAAACACAGAUACUUCAUGUGUAAGUUAUGUCUGAGUGUUGGAGUGUGCCCCUGGCUAUCCGUAAAAAAAUAUAUAUACAACAUUUUUUGGUGCCGUCUGGUUUGCAUAAUAUAAGGAAUUUGAGAAGAUUUAUACUUUUACUUUUACCUUUAAUACUUAAGUAUAUGUUAGCAAUUACAUUUACUUUUGAUACUUAAGUAUAUUUAAAACCACAUAAUUUUAGACUUUUACUCAAGUAAUAUUUUACUUGGUGACUUUCACUUUUACUUGUGUCAUUUUCUACUACGGUAUCUUUUCUUUUACUCAAGUACUGUAUGACAAUUGAGUACUUUUCCACCACUGCAUGCAAGGUAUUUGGAGGUGGAUUAUUUCCUCUAUUUCCAUCACACAUUUUCAGAUGCCUGUUAGGGUAGAGUGUCUACCAUGUUGUUUGCUGUUUUAUAAUCUCCAGAUACUGUCAAACAUUAAGGUUAAACUGAACAUGACAUUUAUGGAGAUAAAAUUGUGAAGGGCAAUACAUUUCUAUAUUGUUGAGAUAUGAAUUAAUGUGGUUUAUGUCUAAAUUGUUGAUACCUCCUUUUGUCAUAAAUAAACAAACUGUAUUUUUUAUUUAUUUUAGUUCUGUGCACAUUUAUUUUGUCAGUUCAUUUGAUGGUCGGAUUCUACUGUAAGGGUAAUAAUGCAUCAUAGAACUUUUGCUAUGUUCAUGUUCAUAGAAUACUCCACCAGUGAUUGUGAGUAACGAGGCUUUGAGAUACAGCCAUGCGGCUUUGCAAGUUGUAAUCACUAUCUUUAACAAAGUGUUUGUUAUCAUCACUAUAAUAAAAACUUGAUCAGUUUGUCUGAGAUGUA